AACUCUAUUUAUCUACACCUUGAUUAUCUUAUUUGUUUCGGAAAGUUCCUUACAUAGAUGCUGGUCUUAUGGUAUCGGUGCAUUCUCUGUACUUAGCAAUAUUUCUUCCUCAUCCUCAACGCUGCCAUCAGCUUCAGCUUCAGCCUCAACACCAAGAUUAUUAUUACCACCGGCGACGACGGCAUCAUCAACGGGUGAAAUUUUCUGUCUUUUGGAGAGCGGCGGCGUGUCACCAGGCUAUUCAGAAGAGGAGCAUUUUUCAUCAUCCGGGUCCUGGUCGUAUUUGUAGUGUUUUUUCGUUAUUUUAUGUUUUUAUUUAUUUGAGGAAGCUAAGACGAAGGAAUUAUACAAUGUGCGCUGCCUACAGCGAGGUUUCUGGCUUGACUUCUGCGAUUUCGAAAACUCGUGGAAUCGCGUGUCUGAGCUUUGGAAUAGUGCAAAUAUCCAGAGGGUUUCAGAUCGCAUUUCUCGCCAGUUUUUCGAUAUUUUCGCGCAUAUGAUAUUAUUUUAAACCCUUUAAAAGCUACUAUGAAUUUUCCCGUCACUGAAGGAUUAUUGAUUAGUUAUAUUGAAAUGCAGAAUUAUUUUUGCAAUUUCAGGAGGGGGGAAGGGGCUGAGAUCAAAAACAACCUGGAUUUGCAGUCUUGUUCACAUGCGAGCUCUCGACUUUGGAAUGGCGCAAAUAUAAAUAUAAAGAGUGCAGCGAAUUGUUAGGAAACGUGAAUGCGGAAAAGAGAUAAACACGCAUCGG